GCCUUCCGAGUCUUCUCGAGCGUCCAACCGACCGGUCAACGGCCGCGUCGUGUAAAUUUAGAAGACGAUGCAAUCGCUCCGCCAACAUCACAUUUCGAUUUUGAAAAUGGAGAAAGAGAGCGGGGAGCUGGAAAUGUGGGAAUGCCCCACGUGCACACUCCGCAACACCCUCACGGCCGAAGCCUGUGACGCGUGUGGCACAACGAGUCCCUUCGUACUGGCUGCAAUGGCGCAACAAGACGCCGCCGCUGACGCCAAGGACAUUGACGACGAUGCGUCGUCGACGUCGACGCGACCUUCACGUGGCUCGUCCAUCGAAGAUGAUUACAAGGCAGCGGCCCAGCUCGACCCGUGGGCACAAGCCGAAGAUGAGUGGGCUGUCGUCGAAGCCACGCAAGCGACCAAAGUGAAACGCAAGGGCUCGGCCAAGACGUGCGAAGGCUAAUUUGAUCGAAUAUACCAGCACGACGACCUGGUGAGACUCUGGCGGCCGAUGGCGCCAUGUGGUCAGCGCAGGCUACUAGAAUCUCGUGCACGAAUGGUUUGGAUGCAAACGGA